AUGAAGAUCAUUUCAGUGGCUCUCAUUCCAUUUUUAAUAUCAAUGUCAUUAUUGCCAACUUUGAUCAAAGCCCCCUCUAGUCAUGUCCCUUCAGGCACUCCUGCGGCUACCGCAGGCGGGGGGUCUAGAGGGACUAACCCCCCUACUGGCCCCGGCUAUAAAAGUGGGGAGGGCACUGAAUAUAAAGCUCCGGAUCCCGGAUAUAGGACUGGGGGUCCAGGCGCCUAUAAGAGUGGCGAUACUAGUUCUGGCUAUAAAAAUGGAUCUCCACCCGGUAAAAAAGCAGGUGGAGGCGACGCGGGUGCGGCUAUCGUUGUGUUCCCCAAGAAACCUAGUGAGACGGCAAUACCAGCAGAAUGCAAAAAGGUUGCAGGAUGUGUCACCAAGCAUAUAGCCGGAGCCAACCCCAGGGCGCCUCCAUACCAUGGAAAAUGUUGUACGGAACUUAGAACCGCAGUAUCGUGCGUGUGUAAAUUCCUUAUGUCCACGAAUGCUAAGCAACAAAUGGCUGCUGAUGGAGUGGUUCGAGGUUGUCAUUUUAAAAACCCCGUUUGUAUAAAGAAGCCAAUGCCAGCAACAUGCAGUCCAGAUGUUAAACAUUGUGUUGAAAUGCAUAUGUACAGCAGAUCUAGCAAUCCUACAUUCCGAAGCCCAUGUUGUGAGAAAUUUAAAACCUCGAAACGAUGUAUCAUGGCGUUUAGAAACUCACCGGAUCCUCAUCUAAGCGAAGCAGCUAAGGGUGUUAUUGCAGGUUGUAGGUUUUCAUAA